GGCAUCACCUGGAUCCUGCUAGCCAGGAUAUAUGAAAUUUUAAAAGACUGCAAAGUGUGGAUCUGCUGCUAGACAUUUAAAGAUGACUUCCAGCAACUACCACAACUGUACCAGGGUACAUGGUCUGGUCUUCGCCAGCAGCUACUCACUAAUCUUUAUGAUAGGCCUCCUGCUGAACUCUACAGCUCUGUACAUUUUUAUCUUCAGAGAUGUUGUCCGCUCCAUCACCACCGUCUACAUGAAGAAUCUAGCAGUCUGCGAUCUUUUGCUGUUGGUGUCAAUGCCUCUGAGGAUAUACUACUACGGCUGGCAACCCCAGCUAUCUCAACCCAUAUGUGAAAUGGCAGGCCUGCUGCUCUUGGUUAACAUGUAUGGCAGCAUUUUCUUUCUGACUUGCAUCAGUUCAGACCGUUGGAUGGCUGUGCGCUUUCCACUCAGCUCAUGGUCAGAGGCCAUACGCCGACAAGCCAAAUACAUCUGUGUAGGUAUAUGGACCUUAAGUAUUGGGGGAACCAUUCCCACAUACUUUGCUGGCAAGAAUACUCCAAAAAACAGCACUUGCUGUUUUGAUGAACAUCCUCAAUAUAUCACAAAUGUUGGUAUUUCCAGUACUAUGGUGCUAUGCUAUGCCAUUACAGUGGCUGUCAUGGUAACUUCCUCUUAUAGUUUGCUCCGUGUUUUCCACCGGAGUGUAAGUGUGGAAAUGGAGCUGAUCAAUAUAUCCAAGAUCAGAUUAAUGGUAGUAACAAAUGUGGCCAUCUUUCUGGGUUGCUUCUUGCCCUACCAUUUGACAGUACUUUGCUAUCUUGUACCAUGGUUGAAUGGAAAGCAUUCAUUAGAUCUUGUGUACAGAUAUGUCCUGCUCUUGUCCUGUGUGAAUGCUGCCCUAGAUCCUCUGGUCUAUUAUUUUACCACUGAGACCUUCCAACGUCAAGUACCCCUAGAGCCCUUUCUUAGGACCAGGGCUUCCCAUAGUGACUAUGUGGAAGGAAUAAUGCUGCCUGGCCAGUCCUUGGAAGCACAAUCUCUCCCAGCAUCUUGAAGGAGGAAGAGACCACUGGAGUAGAACAGCUUUUCCACCUAAGCAUUUGCUCUUUUACAGGUAGUCUGGUAUAAUUACAUUGCUCAGAGAAGAAUUCCAGGACAACAUUCUGAUUCAACAACAGACUGGUGAAGUUUGCUCUUUCCUUGGAAAAUUAUAAAGUCCCCGGUUCAAACUGGGGAGUUCAUUGGAGUUGGGCAGUCAAUAAAUGUAAAUUUAUGAAUAAACAAACCUGGCACUUGCUUUCACGGGCAGUUCUGAAUGGGCCAUGGCCUGGUACUGGGCUGCAGCCCAGUGGGGUUGGGGGUGGUAAAUUAGCAUUUUCUUCCAUUCAAGUUUUGGAAAAGGCGUGACUUCUUUAAGGAGCAGCCAACAAACACAAAGUGAGUGCCCAUGCCAGGUCGAAAUAUGACAGUGCAGUUCUCUCUUGGGUUCUAAUACAGUUUAAAUCCAGCACUACUUUUUCAUGGCUUAAUUGGAAACCUUGCUAUGCUUUUCUCAAGCUUGGUGCUAGAUUAGAAGCCCCCAAUCUUUGGAGUACCAGGGAACAUGGAGGGAGGUUUUCCCAUGGACUGGAGGGGCCAUGGUUUCGUGUGCUGCCUACAAAGCACAGAUGGGGCUUCCCUUGCUUGUAGGGCCCAUUUGCUGGCAUGCUGUGUACCAGUGUUGGUUCACGGACCAGGGGACCCCUGUGCUAGAUGACAGAUGAUCGUUGACAUGAUGAACAUUCCUGUUCAAUGAAGCUCUAGCUCCUAAUGCAAUUCCAUAGAACAUAUUUAUGAGAGGUACAGCCCAAUUUUCAAAGAUACAAAGAUACAGCCCAAUUUUCUGGCCAGUAUCUGAGAUGCCCACAGAUGUUCUUGGUUUAGAUACCUGAUUUGCUUCCACUAUCCUGCACUCAGCAUCUCUCGCGGAAAUUGCCAAAGUGUUUUCUGGCUCUAAUAACAUUUCCCCAAAAACCGAAUGUUUGUAGAGGAUAAAUACUUGGAACACACUACCUGACUCUGUGGUCUCUUCUCAAAAUCCCCAAAGUUUUAACCAAAGACUAUCUAUUAUUGACCUCACCCCAUUCCUAAGAGGACUGUAAGGGGUGUGCAUAAGAGCACAAAUGUGCCUAUUGUUCCUGUCCUAUUGUUUCCUUUCAUUAUAUCGAAUUAAUAUAGUUAUUGCAUACUUAUGCUUAUAUAUAUGUUUAUAUAUUAUAUAGUUAUUUUCAUGCUUAUGCUUAUAUAUACUGUUGUGACAAAUAAAAUAAGUAAAUAAAAAUAAAUAAA